AUGGGUUUUUCUGCUCUACUGUGUAAUAAUUACCCAAGCCUAUACCCAGGGGGGGCGCCGGCGCCCGAUAUUCUGAUGGACGACGAUGAGGACGAGGUGGCAAGCAACAUCUCCGCCGACUCGGAUGCCCUCGAACUGCGCGCUGAGGUCGAGCGGUUCGACCUCCAACAAGAAGCCUUCGUCGCCCGCCAGCGAGCGGAAGCAUCCGGCGUACCAUACCAGCCACCACCACCUCAAAAAACAGGCGGUCGGGGAGGCCGGAAAUCCAAACCGCGCAAGUCCACGGGGCCCCGGAAAGCAGCCAAGCUCCCGCCAGACAUCCAGUUCCGCAUGUCCCUCGCCAACGAAGCCUUCCAGCAGAAGGACUACGACAAGACGGUCGCCCACCUCUCCGAGAUCAUCCGCAUCAACAGCGAGGUCUUCAACGCCUGGAUGCUGCUCUCCACGGUACACGAAACACUGGGCAACCGCGAGCAGGCCAUCUGGUGCCGCAUCUCAGCAGCACAUCUAACACCCCGCGACGUACCGCAAUGGAUCGCCACAGCCGAAUACGCACUCGAAUGCCUCGAGGACGUCGACGACAACGACAACGACAACGACAACGACACCAACACCAACACCAACGCCAGCCCCGACGACGGGCGCGGCACCCCGGCCAAGGAGGAGGUGCUGCAGCGGGCGUACGCCUGCUACACGCAGGCGCUGGAGACGGACCGGGCCAACAUCGCGGCGCGCACCGGCCGCGCCGACGUCAUCAUGAUGCAGGGCAACGCCAGCAAGGCGCUGGCCGAGUACCAGAAGGCGCUGAGCUACCGGCCCUGGAACAUCCGCACCGUGCGCAACAUCGCCGACGUCGCGCUCGACGUGAAGGACCGGCGGAAAGGGGCUGAUAUUGCGAGGGGGGCGUAUAGGCGGUUGGUGGAUCAUUUGCAGGCGGGCGGGGGGUUUGAGGCGGAGGAGGGCUGGUUUGAGUGGUCGGAUUUGAGGAUUUAUCUCGAGUUUUUUACGAUCUUGGAGCAGUGGCAGGAGGGCGCGCAGGAGUUGAAAGAGAUCUCGCGGUGGUUGCUGGGGAGGCGGGAGGAGGCGUACUGGGACCAGUGGGUCGAUGAUGACAGGGAGUGGGAUAUCACCGACGACAGGCGGGUUGUGGUGCCCGAGUUCGAGCCCGCGCGGUUCCCACAGGAGAGUUAUGGUGAGGGACUCCCCGUUGAUCUGCGCGCGAAGCUGUACGUCUACCGCGGCAAGCUGGGGUUCGAGUACGAGGCGAAUCUGCACCUGCAGCUGCUCGAUCCGGCGAAGGAGGACGAUUUUAUGGACUUCCCGGACUGCCUUAAGGAUAUUGCGGUUACGCUGCUCGACCGCGGCAGGGCUGAGGAUGCGGUUCGCUACCUCGACCUCUACAGGCACAUCGCCAUGACGACUGGGGAUAUUACGUUGGAUGCCGACUUUUCUGUCUGCCAGGGCCGUUAUCACAUGGCCCGGGGCGAGAAAGCGGCGGCGGAAGAAUGCUUCAUUGCGGCUAUCGAGGAGGAUGAAGAUCACAUCGAGGCGCGCGUGCAGCUGGCUAACAUGUACGAGGGUGAGGAGAUGCAGGAAGGUCGGGAGGAGGCUUUCCUUCUCGUGCGUGAGGCUAUGAACCUGGAGGCGAGGCGGGGUGACGGCACUGGCCGGCGCCGUGCCCCAUACGGGCCGCGGAAACCCAGAGAGGGCAAACCUCGACCUCGCAAGCCCAGAGACCCGAACAAGAAGUCGAACUACGUACCGAGGCGCCUGAUCAACGCUGAGAAGAGGAGGCAGCAGGAGCUCGAGAUGACGGCCGAGGCGGCCAAGAACUUCCAGCGGCUGCGGGAAGUUCAAGACAACGCUUUGUCCGGGGACGAGCAGGCCAAGGGCGACUGGAUGAAAGCGGCCAAGCACCUCAUCGACGACUUCCGAUCGUAUAAGCAGUUCUACCCGUGGGAGAAGUACAUCAAGUUCCUCGGGUAUGCUUCCAAUGUUCAAGGAGGGGCAGCGGUCCCGGCAAGGAAUAUGAAGCUGGCUGCCAUGGAAGAGCGGUUGCGGAUGAACCUCGCGCCUGCCGAAGGCCAGGAACAGGUCAUCAGGAUACCGGUGAAGUUCCCUUCGGACCAUCGGGGCAUCUCCUUCGACGUCUGGCUCGACAUCUUUCUCAACUACGCCUUCACCCUCGUCCGCGCCGGCCAGCACCGUGAGGCCUAUGUGGUCUGCCAUGCGGCGAGGGACUCCAUCGUUUGGACAUCGACUGAGUCAACCUUCCUCAUCCACGUCGCCUGGGCGUCAUGCGCCGUCUACGCAGGCGACGAAGAGACCUGCGUCGCCAUCGCCCGCUACUUCAUGCGCGACUACAUGCCCGGUACAGAUUCCUACCGCAUGUUCUCGGCCAUGUGCCGGGUCUGCCAGACGCCCGUCUCCUGGUACACCUCGGGCCCAGCGCAAAAGUUCAUCCUCCGCCAGAUCAAAACCAUGGACAACAUCGUGAUGCGGCAAGAAAACAACGCCAAUGCCCUCACCAACCCCACCUCCACUCUCACCACCAACCCCCCCAACCCGGACGCCCCCACCAAACCCCGCGCCUCUGACCCCGACAUCGCGCUCGACGUAGCCCUCCUCACCAUCUACGGGCACAUCCUCUUCACGACCACGUCCUACACCUACGCGCUCUCCUACUUCGCCCGCGCCGCCUCGCUCGACCCGUCCAACCCGCUCAUCAACCUCAGCACGGGGCUCGCCUACGUGCACUACGCCCUCAAGCGCCAGGCCACCAACCGCCAGUACCUGCUGACGCAGGGGUUCGCCUUUCUCUUUCGGUACUACGAUGAUAGGCUGCGCUUGCAUGCGGGCCAGGGGCGGGGGGGCGUGGCGGGCAGGCAGGAGGCGCAUUUUAAUAUCGCGAGGGCGUAUUCGUUGGUGGGGUUGGGGGCGUUGGCGGUGGAGUAUUAUAAGAAGGUUUUGGCGGAGGGGGAUGCGCGGGGGGUGGAGGGGGAGGGAGAGGAGGGGGGGAUGGGGAGUGAGGAUUUGAAGGUGGAGGCGGCGUUUAAUGUCCGGACGUUGUGUUAUCUGCUGGGGGAUGUGGAGGGCGCGAGGGGCGUUGCGGGGGAGUAUUUGGUUUUGGAGUGA